AUGGUUCUACACAACCCCAACAACUGGCAUUGGGUCAAUAAGGAUGUGUCGGGCUGGACGCGUGAAUGGCUCGACACAGAACUCCCGCAGAUCUCAGCUGAGCAGGAUGGCGUUACUGCGAAGAUUGACAAGGUGUCCAGCAUGGACGGAGAUGUUGAUGUGAGCCAGCGCAAGGGCAAGGUCAUUACUCUGUUUGACGUUAAGCUGAAGCUGGAGUACUCUGGCAAAAACAAAGAGGGCGAGGAGGCCAGCGGUACUAUCAUGAUUCCUGAGGUUGCACAUGACACGGAGGAAGACGAGUAUGUCUUUGAUGUAGACGUCUAUUCCGAAGAUGCGAGCAAACAACCUGUCAAGGAUCUUGUACGAUCCAAGGUUCUCCCACAACUUCGCAAGAGCCUCGCAAAACUCGGCCCUGCUGUCAUGGCUGAGCACGGCAAAGACAUACAGCAUGCACCCGGCUCUAACCCAUCGAUCGGCUUUUCGACCCCCAAGGUCUACUCCAGCUCGAGCGUGAACAAGUCGACUAGCUCAAAGACCGAGAGCGGCUCCCAGAAGACUAGCACCGGCUCGGUCGUCAACGUCACCACGAUCAACGACAGCACCGAGUUCCGCACUACUGCUGCCGAGUUGUUCCAGACGUUCACAGAUCCCCAGCGUAUCGCUGCGUUCACUCGCGCCCCACCUAAGACUUUCACUGGUGCUAAGCCUGGCGGCACCUUUGAGCUGUUUGGAGGGAAUGUUAGCGGAGAGUACACUGAGUUGGAGGAGCCCAAGCAUAUUGUCCAGAAAUGGCGACUUGCACAAUGGCCCGCUGGCCACUUCUCAACCCUGUCGAUUUGGUUCGAUCAGAACGAUGUCGACGCGGUGACAGUCAUGAGAGUUGAGUGGAAGGGCGUCCCGGUUGGCCAGGAGGAGCCGACCAAGACCAACUGGGACCAGUACUACGUCCGCAGUAUCAAGACUACCUUUGGGUUUGGUACGGUGUUGUGA